UAAUUUACUUUUCUUAGAACUAUUUUGAUUGGCAUCAUCAGGCCUGAGAGCACAGUGAAUGUCAGCAUCUAAGAUUCCACUUUUCAAAAUGAAGGGCCUGAUUCUGUUCCUGUCCCUAGUGAAAAUGAGCCUGGCAGUGCCGGCAUUUCCUCAACAACCUGGGGCUCCAAACAUGGCACCUCCUGGCAUGGCUAGUUUGAGCCUUGAGACAAUGAGACAGUUGGGGAGCUUGCAGGGACUCAAUGCGCUUUCUCAGUAUUCCAGACUCGGCUUCGGGAAAGCACUUAAUACUUUAUGGCUGCAUGGUCUCCUCCCACCGCAUAGCUCUUUUCCAUGGAUAAGACCAACAGAACACGAAACCCAACAGUAUGAAUAUUCUUUGCCUGUGCAUCCCCCACCUCUCCCAUCACAGCCAUCCCUGCAGCCUCACCAGCCAGGACUGAAACCCUUCCUCCAGCCCACUGCAGCAACUGGUGUCCAGGUCACACCCCAGAAGCCAGGGCCUCAGCCUCCAAUGCACCCUGGACAGCUGCCCUUGCAGGAAGGAGAACUGACAGCAGCAGAUGAUCAGCCGCAGGACGUGCCAGCAGAGAACACACCAGCACCUGAGGUCCCACUAAUGGACUUUGCUGAUCCACAGUUUCCAACAGUGUUCCAGAUAGCCCGUUCCAUAUCUCGGGGACCAAUGGCACACAAUAAACCAUCAGCUUUUUACCCAGGAAUGUUUUACAUGUCUUAUGGAGCAAACCAAUUGAAUGCUCCUGCCAGAAUUGGCUUCAUGAGUUCAGAAGAAAUGCCUGGAGGAAGAGCAAAUCCCAUGGCCUAUGGAACUCUGUUCCCAGGAUUUGGAGGCUUCAGGCAAACCCUUAGGGGACUGAAUCCCAAUUCACCCAAAGGCGGAGACUUCACUGUGGAAGUAGAUUCUCCGGUUUCCGUAACCAAAGGCCCUGAGAAGGGAGAGGGUCCAGAAGGCUCUCCGCUGCAAGAGGCCAAUCCAGGCAACCGGGAAAACCCAGCUCUCCUUUCACAAAUGGCACCUGGUGCCCAUGCAGGACUCCUUGCUUUCCCCAAUGACAUUCCCAGCAUGGCAAGGGGUCCUGGAGGCCAAAGGCAGGAACUCUUUGGGGUCACCCCUGCAGCUGCUGACCCACUGAUCACCCCCGAAUUAGCAGAUGUUUAUGAAAGCUAUGGAGCUGAUGCUACCACACCCCUAGGUGAUGGAGAAGCAACCGUGGAUAUCACCAUGUCCCCAGACACUCAGCAGCCACUGAUGCCUGGAAACAAAGUGCACAACGCCUGGCGUUUCCAAGAGCCCUGAUGAUCUUGAGAUAGCCGCUACUUUGUGUCUGCACAAGCUUUCCAGCUUUGUCCCCAUAGCUACCUUGAUGCUAAA